AAAAAAACAAUUCCCACGCCUAAACCGCGAUAAGAAGAAAAACGAAAAAGGCAAAUGCUGAAGAAAAAAGAAAAUCCACGAUACAUUAUUCUCUCCCAUCCUUUUUGAAGCCCUAAUUUAACAAGCAACAGAAAAUUCCAACGGAUUUUCUCUUUAAUUUUUUUUUCAGGGUUUCGAAUCCUUUUCCUUUGGCGUAGAUUUUUAGAAGGGUUAUUUGCUGAAAAGAUGGCCUCCGUAAGCCAGCCGCAGUUCCGUUACACUCAACCCCCAUCUAAGGUGCUGCAUUUGAGAAACUUGCCGUGGGAGUGUACGGAGGAAGAGUUAACCGAGCUGGGGAAGCCAUUUGGUCGGGUCGUUAACACCAAGUGCAAUGUUGGGGCCAAUCGUAAUCAAGCGUUCAUUGAAUUCGCUGAUUUGAAUCAGGCCAUUGCUAUGAUAUCAUAUUAUGCUUCAUCUUCAGAGCCUGCUCAAGUGAGGGGCAAAACGGUCUACCUGCAAUAUUCUAACAGGCAAGAGAUUAUAAAUAACAAAACGACCGCGGAUGUUGCCGGAAAUGUUCUGCUGGUAACAAUAGAUGGUCAAGAUGCGCGUCUUGUUUCCAUUGAUGUUCUGCAUUUGGGUUGUGUAGUUUUUGCUCUGCUCUUUCCGGGAAAAGGCUUUUUUUGUUUUGACAUGAAUGUGAAUGGAUCAGCAGGAUCAUGUCAAGGGAAUUACCUCCAAUUGCAGCUUAGUGCUUCGGGAGAAAGAGCACAUGUGUUUUCAGCAUUUGGUUUUGUGCAUAAAAUUACUACCUUUGAGAAGACUGCUGGAUUCCAGGCAUUGGUGCAGUUUUCAGGUGCAGAAACUGCGACGUCUGCAAAAAAUGCCUUGGAUGGACGAAUCAUCCCUAGGUAUCUGCUUUCUGAAAAUAUAGCUCCUUGUACGCUUAGGAUCAUGUAUUCUGCCCAUACAGAUUUGAGUGUGAAAUUUCAGAGCCACCGGAGCAGGGACUAUACCAAUCCCUAUCUUUCUGUUGCUCCUUCAGCUAUAGAUGGAAGUGGCCAGUUCAGUUUGGUUCUUGAUGGGAAAAAACUAGAACCUGAGAGUAACGUUUUACUUGCAUCUAUAGAGAACAUGCAGUAUGCUGUUACCUUGGAUGUGCUACACAUGGUCUUCUCUGCCUUUGGGCUUGUUCAAAAGAUUGCCAUGUUUGAUAAGAAUGGUGGAGUGCAGGCUCUAAUUCAGUACCCAGAUGUUCAGACAGCUGUUGUUGCCAAGGAGGCCUUGGAAGGGCACUGCAUAUAUGAUGGAGGAUUUUGCAAGCUUCAUAUCUCAUAUUCACGCCACACUGAUCUCAGUAUAAAGGUCAACAAUGACAGGAGCAGAGAUUAUACAAUCCCUAACCCUGCCAUGGUUAACCAACAACCUUCGAUUUUGGGGCAACAGUCAGUUCAAACAAUGAGUCCAGCUUCUCAUGAAUACAAUGGGACUCAAUAUGCUUCAGGUUUAGAGCAACCAAUGAUGCCUCCUCAACCUUCAGCUGGAUGGGCCUCAGGUGUCCCGGCAGUGUCUCAAUCCAUCCCAGUACAGAUGACUAAUCAUCCUUACAUGCCACCAACCUCAAUGCCUCAAAUGACUCCUGGAAUGAUGCAGAUGCCGGGCCACGGUGGCGUACCACCAUCUGGCACAGUGCCUCACGGACCCAAUCAGCUGUAUUAGCAUCUAUCUGGGAUAAAUAAAAACUGAGUUGGGGUGGGGUGUCUCAGCUGCCACAUGGUGGUUGCUCCCCACCUCAGUUUUUUUUUUUU